UGGGAGGAGGAACUGCAGAGGACUCACACGGCUUCUCUUCUGCAGGGCUCAGGGAAGCUGUGCAGGCAGAUAGAGCUGUCUCUCGUGGAUGCCGAGAUCUGAGACCCAGCAUUCUCCCAUGGCUCCUUAUCACAUCCGCCAGUACCAGGACAGAGACCACAAUAGGGUACUGGACCUGUUCAUCAGGGGCAUGGAGGAGCACAUCCCCGCCACCUUCCGCCACGCACUGAAACUGCCCCAAACGCUCCUGCUCUUACUUGGGGGGCCGCUUGCCGUGGUCCUGGUGUCUGACUCCUGGCUGCUAGCUAUUAUAUACAUCUUCUUUCUGCUCCUACUCUUGUGGCUCCUUGCCAGACAGCCCUGGAAGGCGUAUGUGGCCAAGUGUUUGCACACAGACAUGGCUGACAUCAGCAAGUCCUACCUGAGUGAGAGGUCAGGGUUCUGGGUGGCUGAGUCUGGGGACCAGGUGGUGGGCAUGGUGGCAGGUCUGCCAGUCAAGGAUGCCCCACCAGGGAGGAAGCAGCUGGAGCUCUUUCGCCUGUCUGUGUCCUCACAGCAUCGAGGACAGGGGAUAGCGAAAGCGCUGGUCAGAACUGUCCUCCAGUUUGCACGGGACCAGGGCUACAGCGAUGUCGUCCUUGAGACCAGUGCCAUGCAGCAAGGAGCUGUGACCCUCUACCUGAACAUGGGCUUCUGGAGGACAGGCCAGUACUUCAUGAGUGUGUUCUGGCGGUUACUGGGUAUUCCUAUAGUUCAGUUAAAGUACUCCCUGCCUUCUGCCUAGGAAGUGGGGCUGGGACCUGCUCUGCUGUACAGCCAGCUGUGCCCACUCCACUCUAGAGGAACCAGUGAACCCUAUGAGGUCAGUGUGAU